UUUACAUUUGUCAUUUUACUGAGCACGACGGAACAAGCUCUGUGCUUUAUCCCGUUGCGUGUGCCAAACAAAAGAUUCCUAACUAUACAGCAUACCUACAAUCCGAAUAACCUACUAGCAUGGACAUAAAUAUGUACAUAUUUAAAAUUUCGAGCGGGGUGUAAAUAAAUGUGGAAUAAAAGGCAAAAUGAAUAAGAACUUUAUGUAGCACAUGAAAGUAUCUAAUAUAUCAAUGUUACACCUACUCAUUAAAUAAGUGAAGUGAAGUAUUCAGUACACAAGUCCAGCUACGUAGCACGCAAGCGCUGAAUAGCGCUACAACACUUAACCGUCAAGAAAGCUCGAAUACCGAACAACGGCUUGCCCGGGAGUGUCCGAUUCUUUGUAUGGUGCGUGGCAAUGUAUUGGAUACCCUUUCUAUUUCGCUCAUUGGGUUGCUUUGUAUGGUUGUGUUUUGCAUUUGCGUAUUCAACAAAAUUUGGCUCUGAGCAAUAUGAGCAUAGUUCAAACAAUAGUGGCAGUACCCAUGGCGAUGUAAAUUUAGGCACGGUUCCAAUAAAUACGUCCGGGCGUCAAGAUUUGUUAAAGCAGACGCAACUGCGUUUGAGAAGCAACACAGCUUAUCUAGAAAACGAUGAGGAAUUUGAUGAAAAUAAGUUGGCAAAGAAUUUCCCUAAAAAUGGGGAGAAAUUUAGCUCCAUGCCUGACUACCCACCAUAUCAAAAUCGAAAAGAUUACAACAAGAAAAUCGAAAAUGAUGGCACAGGAGUUUAUGAUCCCGUAUUUACCAUGGAAACCAUAGUCCCAUAUAAAACAGGUAGUUCAGACAAUUCCAACACAGGCGAUAUUCCAAAGUUUCGCAACAUUGGUGCGCAAAAAAGUCGGACUGAAGUAAUUGGCCAACGAGAAGGUGAUCGCAAAGUCAAUUCACGUGGACGUGAAGGCUUUAUAGGUGGACCCAAUAAUAAACAAAAACCUUUUCGGGUAAAUCUGGCAGUGCUUGUCCAGGAUGAUCCCAGUCAACUGAGCGAAACCGUUACCAGCUGCCAGAAUCACAGUGAUGGGUCUGGCGAAAAUACCUGUAAAAAUAUUGAAGAUAUGGUCCCCAAACUGCAGAUGGACUGCGAAAAAAGUGGCGUACACGUUUUGUGUCCGAAAACUUUUCGAUGUAUCUUUAAGUACUGGCUUUGUGAUGGCGACGAUGAUUGUGGUGAUUACUCGGAUGAAACACAUUGCGGAGCAUACACUAACUGUACGGAUGAUCAAUUUCAGUGUCAAAACGGCUUUUGCAUUCCACGAACGUGGCUGUGCGAUGGUGAAAAUGACUGCAAGGACUUUUCAGACGAAACGCACUGUAAUCGAUCUAGAUGUACUGAAGAGCAUUUUACUUGCAAUGACGGAUAUUGCAUUUCAUUGGCGUUUCGGUGUGAUGGUGAGCGCGAUUGCAAUGAUAACUCAGACGAGUUUAAAUGUGCAGCAGUUAUAAACAUCUGCCCUGAAGGCGAAUUUAAGUGUCGCGGUGGUUUGGCUGGCGCUGGAGGCCCUAGCGGACAAUGUAUACUCAAUCGUUUUCGCUGUGAUGGUGAUAAUGAUUGUGGCGACUGGAGUGAUGAAGAAAAUUGCCCACAAAAACCAUCGUUGUGUACAUCAAAUGAGUACAAAUGCUCAGAUGGAACGUGCAUUCCAAAACGCUGGAAAUGUGAUAAAGAGCAGGACUGUGAUGGUGGUGAAGAUGAAAAUGACUGUGGGAUAGUGGAGCAUCCACUAACUUGCGGAUCUGACGAGUUCUCCUGCAACAAUGGACGCUGCAUUUUGCGAACCUGGCUGUGUGAUGGAUAUGCAGACUGUUCUUCAGCUGAAGAUGAGGUCGACUGCCACCUACAGUGCGACCCUGGUCAAUUUUUGUGCCCUACAAAGCAAAACGUCACCAACCUAAAGAUAUGCGUGCAUCAGAAACACAUAUGCGAUGGUCAUAGCGACUGCCCUUCUGGUGAAGAUGAAGUGAACUGUCCUGAGGAGCAAAGCUGCUUUGAACCUAAACCGUGUGAACAACUUUGUAUAAAAACCAAAAACGGUUCUAAUGAGUGUGCCUGUCGGCUUGGUUACAUUAUGGAUAAAAAUAGAGUGAACUGCACCGAUAUAGAUGAGUGCCAGUACCUGACUAGUCCUGUCUGCUCUCAAAAAUGCCAAAAUACACUAGGCUCAUUUAUAUGCUCAUGUGAAAUGGGUUACAUUCUUCGACCAGAUUUGAGAUCUUGUAAAGCGUUAGGUGGCGCCAUGACUCUGUUGGUAGCCAAUCGUUGGGAUAUACGACGUGUUACGCUAAGCAAUAACCGUUAUACAGCUGUAGUUAAGGGAUUACACAAUGCGAUUGCACUAGAUUUUCACUAUCGCAAGGGUCUGAUGUUUUGGUCGGAUGUGUCUACAGAUGUCAUAAAAAUGGUAUACAUGAACGGAACAAGAGUUCGCGACGUAAUUAAAUGGGGCUUAGAGUCCCCUGGCGGAAUAGCUGUAGACUGGAUUCAUGACUUACUAUUUUGGACUGAUUCAGGUACUCGACGUGUCGAAGUAUCGAAUUUUCAAGGCAACUUACGCACCGUAAUCGCUUCAAAUGAUUUGGAUAAGCCUCGUGCCAUUGUAAUCCAUCCAGGCGAGGCGUUAGCAUUCUGGAGUGACUGGGGACCGAAUCCAAAAAUUGAGCGCGCUAAUAUGGAUGGAUCACAAAGACAAGUGAUUGUAUCAAAAGGUGUAACUUGGCCAAAUGGUCUAGCAAUAGACUACCCGAAUCGAAAAAUGUAUUGGGCUGACGCAAAGCAACAUGCUAUAGAAUGCUCAAAUCUAGAUGGCACUGAUCGCACUAAAAUUCUUAGCACCCAUCUACCACACCCGUUUGCUUUGACUAUCUUCGAAGACACCAUGUACUGGACAGACUGGAACACAAAGACAGUAUCUGCAGCUAACAAAAUAACUGGAAAUGAGUUUAGAGCAGUUCAUGAAAAUUUUCAUUUUCCCAUGGAUAUUCAUGCCUAUCACCCUGCGCGUCAACCUGAAUACCCUGACCGUUGCCAAAAAGACCGAAGAGGAUUGCGUGGUGGCUGUUCUCAUUUGUGUUUGCCAAACAAAACGUCACGCCGGUGUGUUUGUCCCAUUGGUCUUUCAUUGAAGGAUGAUGGCAAGACUUGCAAAAGUACAGCAGAUAAAUUGGUACUGGUAGCACGCCGUAAGGAUAUACGUUUAAGACAACUUAAAAACAAUCAAGCAGAGCCAAGCGAGGUAGAUAUGAUUGUUCCACUGGACAACCUUAAGCACGCCGUUGCACUAGAUUGGUGCAGUGAUACAGACUUCAUUUAUUGGACGGAUGUAGAGCGUAGUACAAUUAAUAAAGCACAUAUAAACGGCAGCUACCAACAGCGUGUGGUGCAUUCGAACUUAGUUUCCCCUGUAGGAUUAGCCUUAGAUUGGAUUACUGAUAAACUUUAUUGGACAGACCCAUCAACUAAUCGUAUUGAAGUUGCUACAACAAAUGGGAAAAUGCGGACUUUGCUCAUAUGGGAAAAAUUGUACAAGCCCAGAGAUAUUGUCGUCAAUCCCAUAGAUGGCCUUAUGUUUUGGUCCGAUUGGGGAGAAGAGCCAAUGAUUGAACGUUCGAAUAUGGAUGGUCAUGAUCGCGUUAUUAUAUCUUCAAAAAGACUUAUUUAUCCGAAUGGAUUAGCCAUUGACUUCGAUAAAAGUAAAUUGUAUUUCGUUGAUGGCGGAACGAAGACUUUGGAGUAUAUGAAUUUCAAUGGCAGCGACCGUCGAGUAGUUAUAAAUGGACUCAAACAUCCGUUUGGACUAGAUGUGAGUGAUGGCCGUGUGUACUGGACCGAUUGGGAUACUAAAUCUGUAAUGAGUGCGGAUAAACUGACCGGAAAAGAUAGCAGCAUAAUAAUCGCAAAUACCAGUGAUCUAAUGGACGUACGUGUUUUUCAUCGCACUCGAAGGCGGGCAUUUAAUGCUUGUGACAAAGAUAAUGGUGGCUGUUCGCACUUAUGUCUACUGAAUCCGACAAACUACACUUGUGCUUGUGCUGUUGGAGUUCAGCUUAAGGAAGAUAAGCGAACAUGUUCCGAAGGUCCUACCAAAUACAUCAUUUUUGCUCAUAGAAUUGAUAUCCGGCAAAUAUCCUUAGACUUUGACCACUUGAUUGACGUGGUUCUGCCUCUUCCCCCAAUAUCCAAUGCGGUUGCUUUGGAUGUUGACAGAGAUACGGGAAACAUUUUUUGGUCUGACACUAUCGAGAAUGUCAUAAUGUGUUCAAGUCCCGAUGGCCUGCACGUUCAUAAAGUGGUUGGAGACAGCUUGGAUAAUCCUGAUGGCUUAGUGGUUGAUUCUGUUGGUCGUACAAUUUAUUGGGCCGAUGCAGGACGCCACACUAUCGAAGUGGCAAGUCUUGAUGGCAGUAACCGGCAUAUUAUAGCCUACAAGGAUCUCGAGUCUCCACGAGGUCUCGCUCUUGAUUAUGAAGCUGGUCUCUUAUUUUGGACUGAUUGGGGGCAUUAUCGUAAGAUCGAGCGAUCUCAUUUAGAUGGUAAUGAACGAUCACGAAUUGUUACUGCCAACCUCGGAUGGCCAAAUGGCCUAUCCCUUGAUUUAAAAAGCAAGCGCAUUUACUGGGUGGAUGCCCGUCUCAAGACUAUUGACUCCUGUGACUACACAGGGAACCAGCGCAAGCUAAUUAUGUCCUCCUUACACCAUCCUUAUGCAUUGGCUCUCACUGAAGAACACAUUUAUUGGACAGACUGGAAGUCAAAAGCUUUACACAUGACUGAAAGGCGAAACAUAACCGCAAAGCAUGAUGUAAUGAAUAACAUUGAUGGACUUAUGGAUAUUAAAGUAAUUUACAAGCAUCAACCUAUGACAAAAAACGUGUGUGGACUCAAUAAUGGUGGAUGUUCGCACCUUUGUUUACGAAGUCCAUCAAGCUACACGUGUCAAUGCCCCAUUGGAUUGCGGUUGCAAGAAAACAGUACAAAACAGUGUCAGAGUCUUCCUGACGACUACCUCCUCAUAGCGCUGCGUUCUGGAAUUGGAAUGAUUUCAUUAAACACUGGGGACUACAUGGACGUGGUAUUGCCUAUAAAUGGAGUGCAUGGAGCUGUUGUCCUCGAUUACCUCUACCGGAAAAAUUUUCUUUUCUUUGCCGAUGUGAAUUUAGACGUUAUACGGAGAGUUAAUCUGUUAAACUUUACUGAUAGUAAGGUUAUAGUGAGCACAGACGUUCUAACACCCAAUGGUAUAGCUGUUGACUGGAUUGCUGAAAAUCUAUACUGGUCCGAUACUGAUCGUAAGCUGAUCGAAGUUGCACGGAUUGAUGGCAGCUGCCGUAAAAGAAUAAUCGAAGAUGACCUGGGUGAUCCGCGGUCACUCAUUGUCCAUCCGAAAAAAGCCUUUCUGUUUUGGACAGAUUGGAGCUCACCUGCUAAAAUUGAACGGAGCUACUUAGAUGGUACCAACCGUACGGUAAUUGUGACUUCCGGAAUUGGCUUUCCAACAGGCCUUACAAUUGAUUUUGAAAACCGUCGUCUUCUUUGGGCUGACGCUUUGGAAGACAAUAUUGGCCAAGUUGACUUUAAUGGCAAGCGCCGUCAGACUAUUGUACAGUACGCACCGCACCCAUUUGGUUUAACCAUGUUUGACGGUAAUAUCUUUUGGACGGAUUGGUACAAUAAGUCGGUGUACCGUUCACAGAGUGUACCACGGAGCGGCUACAUUAAAGUGCGUGAUGGUCUAAGUGGUGCAUUGGACAUACGCGCCGUCUCUUUGCACCGCCAGGGUAAAAGUUGGAAUCACUGUGCUCAGGAAAAUGGUGGUUGUUCGCAUCUAUGUUUAUAUCGAGCAGUUGAUUAUGUUUGCGCCUGCCCCGACCGGUCCGAUCCAAAUGAACCCGUAUGUUCCACCAGGCCAAAGGUGUUGUUUCAUGCACGAUUGGAUAACGAUCAACAGUCUGAAUACUCAGAGGAACUCACCGAUGAUUCUCCGCCAAAACAGUUUGGUGACUUAAAUACGGAAGAUGAACAAGAUAACAAUCGUAAAAUUGAUAGCGAGCGGGAGUUCCUUGUUCUCGUUGCGCUAGGAGUGGUCAUUAUUAUGGUUGUUAUAAUAAUACUUAUAAUUUUCAUGCUUGCUUUCAACACAAACCGGAAAAAAAAGAAGCGUAACACUCGCGGUUCUAGUAGAUCUGUACUAACAUUUUCAAAUCCGAAUUACAACGUCGAUGGUACACCAAUGGAACCAAAAACGAAUAUUUGGAAAAGAUUUAAAUACGAUAAAUCUAAUCAGGAACGCGCCGGGGUUUAUGAAGAGCGAAGCUUGACAACAGAAACUGCAUCUUCUAGCCUAUUCGUUCCGACACCAUCGCCGAUGGCGUCACCGUCAACAAAAACAAUCCAACUGACAACGCUCUCGACUAUCACUUAAAUUGCGAAAAGUACGAAUGGCUUUAUAUAAGCAAGUCACAUAACAUAUAUAUAAAAAACUGUCUUAUAACCAUGCAAAUCUGUAAAAAUUAACAUAAAUAUGAAUCGCCAGCUCC